AGAGGAGGGAGAGGGAGGAAAUUUACAGAGCGAGAUAACAAACAAAGAGCGAGUAAGAGAGAAAAGAGAGGGGGUUUUUCACUGAGUCGACUCGGACGUCUUGUUUUUCUUCUUGGACUCGGCACGCUGAACCUACCCUCCCUCCGAUUCUUCGUUAUCUUCGGAGGUUUUAAUCAAUCGAUUCGUUCGAUUUGUUUGUCUCAGAUCUCGCAAUCUGAUUCUCGAUUGCGCAUAUUUCAGCAUCUUGUGAUGGGGAGCUUAACGUUGCAUUGAGCUUCGUCUUUUCCCGUCUCUGCUUUCCAUUCUUUAAUUUCUUGUUGCUGACCUGUGAUGGGGAUUGAUCGCCAGCUUAUCGAUUAAUGACAGUUUUGAUUUCGUACUCCUUGCUCAAUCAAUUCCAGUCGGCGUUGGAGUUUGGCGUAUUUUUGGCUGGGAAGAAGUUUUCUUCCUCCAACAUCGCCUUCGCUCUUGCCAGACUCGGAGACGAUCAAUAUCUUGUUUUGUUUCAUGUCUCGUAAUCCAGACAGCCCAGUUCAGACCCAGAUGGCAGUGGCAGUGUUUAAGAGUCGGCUUGGCGGGGAAUACCAUGGGAACCAUAGAGUGGAAGGUAAACAACCUGCUGGGAGAAGACGUGUUUUUGUGCAGACGGAAACUGGUUGUGUCAUGGGGAUGGAGUUGGACCGUGGUGACAAUGCUCAUACUGUGAAAAGAAGGUUGCAGCUUGCCCUAAAUGUCCCCACGGAUGAGAGCUCGUUGACUUUUGGUGAUAUGGUGUUGAAGAAUGAUCUAAGUGCUGUUCGGAAUGAUUCUCCUUUACUUUUAACACGCAACUACAUGCACAGGAGUUCCUCUACCCCUUGUCUUUCACCUACUGGAAGGGAUAUCCAACAGAGAGAUUGGAGUGGCCCUAUUGAGAUUUUAGGGCGGUCAGAUCGCUUUGCUGAAACAAAACAACUGGUCAAGGACAUUGCGAAGGCAAUUAAGAUGGGUGUUGAUCCUGUUCUUGUUCAGGGUGGCCUUGGAGGUGCAUACUAUUUCAGAAAUACCAGAGGUGAGAGUGUUGCGAUUGUGAAGCCGACGGAUGAAGAACCUUUUGCGCCAAACAACCCUAAAGGCUUUGUGGGUAAAGCUCUUGGCCAACCAGGUUUGAAACGGUCAGUACGUGUUGGGGAGACGGGGUUCAGAGAAGUUGCAGCUUACCUUUUGGAUUAUGAUCACUUUGCGAAUGUGCCUCCAACUGCCCUGGUGAAGAUCACUCACUCAAUUUUCAAUGUCAAUGAUGGCGUGAAUGGGAACAAGCCUCAAGGAAAGAAGCAGGUUAGCAAGAUUGCUUCUUUUCAACAGUUCAUUCCGCAUGAUUUCGAUGCCAGUGAUCACGGGACAUCAAGCUUCCCUGUUUCUGCUGUGCACCGCAUAGGUAUAUUAGAUAUUAGGACACUAAACACAGACAGACAUGCUGGAAACCUUCUAGUGAGAAAACUUGAUGGCGUGGGAAGGUUUGGCCAAGUGGAGCUAAUUCCGAUUGAUCAUGGCCUUUGUCUGCCGGAAACAUUGGAGGAUCCAUACUUUGAGUGGAUUCAUUGGCCUCAGGCUUCAAUUCCAUUCUCAGAUGAUGAGCUUGACUAUAUACGGAACCUUGAUCCUACAAGGGAUAGUGAUAUGCUGCGGAUGGAGCUCCCCAUGAUUCGAGAGGCUUGUCUCCGGGUUUUGGUUCUCUGCACAAUUUUUUUGAAGGGAGCUGCUGAGUGUGGUCUCUGUCUUGCCGAAAUUGGUGAGAUGAUGAGUCGGGAAUUUCGAGCCGGCGAGGAGGAACCUAGUGAGCUUGAGGUUGUAUGUAUUGAGGCAAGGGGGCUGAUUGCAGAUAGGGAGUUGUUAUCCCCCAGGCCAGAUUUGGAAGAUGAGGAGUUUCAAUUUGAUGUUGACUGUGAUGAAGUGGGAGUUGACUUCACCCCAAAAAUAGCUGCAGAUGAUUAUAUGUCAAGGGUACCAUUUCAUUUUGGAAAUGGUCGUUUACUUACAAAGCUGGAGGAAAGCAUUGAGGAGGAAGAAGAGAGUGGAGAGGAAGAAGAAGAAGCAGCAGCUGGGAAAGAGGGUUUUUCAAGUCUGCUUGUUCCUGAAAGGUUCCCGGCUGUUUCAAAACUGUCAAUGUCAUUGAGGACUACAAGUUUAGUUGACAAGAAUGUGAAAUAUCAGAAGUGCUCGGGAGCAAAACCUGAAAAUGGCAGUCUCUCAGGCACAUCAUCUGGGCAUAGGAGUGCGAAUGAGCAACUUGCUGCGAGCACGUGCUUUGUGAAACUUGCAGAUAUGAAUGAUGAGGAGUGGAUACUGUUUCUAGAGAAAUUUCAGGAGCUGUUACGCCCUGCAUUUGCCAAAAGGAAAUCAGUGACCAUAGGUCAGAGGCAGAGGCUGAGACUAGGUACUUCUUGCCAGUUUUGAAGUUGAGAAUCUGGUAUAUUAGUGAAGAGAGGACUGAAGGUGAAAAAUACGGUAUUUAGGUUUAUUAUUGCGGAUGAAUGGUUGUUACUUAGUCUAGUCUAGGUUUGGUCAUGGGUUUUCUCACAGGUGGUGUGGUAGUAGGGAGCAACAGUAGGAGGAAGUGAUGUAAAUAUUUUUGGCAUCCAAGUCAGCUAGGGGAAGAGCUGAGUAGAAUUGUUUGGUUUUCUUCAUUUUUUUUCAGCCUUUUUUUUUUGAAUUUUGUUAAUCUCAUGGACUUGUUUGAUAAAUAAUAUGUAGAAUCAGAUCCUUUAUAGAAAAGAAAAAAAAAAGAAGCAAUGGAAGUUAAUGUAAAUGUUGACCUCUCAGGUUUCUUGAGCA